GAGAGAAUCAUAAGGAGGUUGUUUUGGAACGGAUUAAAGGAGGGUAGAUGAAAAUGGUGGUAAAAAAUUAGAGGUCAAGUUAGAGAUAUUUACAGGAAACGAACCAAACUCAUCCAUUUGCUACUCUCUCUCUCUCUCGGAAGUGUUUUCUCCGUUUCUUCUUUUUCUCUCUGUUUUUUCUCUGUUUUUUUUUUUUUUUUUGUUUCAUCUAAGGAGAAUAUAAAAGGGGGGGAGAGGGAAAUGGGUGAAUCAGAGCAAAUCUUGAACCUCUCUCCUCUACUUCUUCUUCUUCGAUGAAUCAUAUCUGAAUAGAUGCAAUUUAUACCAGCUUUUUUUUUUCUCUCUGAAAGCCAGGUUGUGAAUUGGGUUUGGUUUAUUUUAUGAGGUCGGGGCAAGUUUGGCGUUUUGUUAUUCUGAUUGAUGGAUCAUAUUAAUGGAAAGUGGGUGGUUUUCUACUAUUGAUCGGUGUCUUACCAUUGGUGCUCUGAGAGUUCAACACUGGAAAGUGGGUGGUGGUGAUAUUUACUGACCAAGUUGAUAUUAAUUAGCGUUAAUCAAGAUUUGGAAGUGGAUUUGAAUUGGGUUAAGGUUCAAGGGGUUUUGGCAAAGUCCCCGGGAGCUGUGUUCUUCUAGGGCUUUGAAGACUCAAAGAUGGAUUGAACUGGUACUUGUUGGGUGCAAUGUUAAAAGCAUUAGCUCCUGGAUUAUUGCUUACUACUUUAAUCCUCUCUGUCACCGCCAGUGAUAAUGGGUUUGCCAAUUGCAAUUGUGAUGAUGAGGGGUUUUGGAGCAUACAUAACAUUUUAGAGUGCCAAAAAGUGAGCGAUCUCUUGAUUGCAGUAGCCUAUUUUUCAAUCCCCAUUGAGCUUCUUUACUUUAUUAGCUGCUCCAAUGUGCCAUUUAAAUGGGUCCUCCUUCAGUUCAUUGCAUUCAUAGUCCUAUGUGGGCUGACCCAUUUGCUCAAUGUGUGGACUUACUAUGGUCCUCACUCAUUCCAGUUGAUGCUGGCCCUCACGAUUUCUAAAUUCCUCACUGCUCUAGUGUCAUGUGCCACUGUAAUAACCCUUUUGACUCUGAUCCCUCUUCUUCUCAAAGUGAAAGUAAGAGAGCUCUUUUUGAAGCAAAAUGUAUUGGAAUUGGACCAAGAGGUUGGGAUGAUGAAGAAACAGAAGGAAGCAAGCUGGCAUGUGCGAAUGUUGACCCAUGAAAUUAGGAAGUCACUCGAUAAGCACACCAUUUUGUACACCACUCUGGUUGAGCUUUCAAAGACUUUGGACCUGCACAACUGUGCGGUUUGGAUGCCGAAUGAAAAUAGAACAAUGAUGAACCUGACCCAUGAGUUGAAAGUGAGGAAUUCCUUAAAUCGUAGUCUCUCUAUCUCAGUUAAUGACCCAGAUAUAUCGGAAAUAAAAGCGAGCAAGGGAGUGAGGAUUUUGAGGCCAGAUUCAGCACUUGGGGCUGCUAGCAGUGGUGAGUCUGAUGACUCAGGUGCUAUAGCAGCAAUUCGAAUGCCAAUGCUUCGGAUUUCAAAUUUCAAAGGAGGAACACCAGAGUUGGUAGAAACCUGUUAUGCCAUUCUGGUUUUGGUUCUUCCAUUUGUGAAUUCUAGAACUUGGACCUAUCAAGAAUUGGAGAUUGUGGAAGUGGUUGCUGAUCAGGUGGCUGUGGCUCUGUCUCAUGCUGCAGUUCUUGAAGAGUCUCAGCUAACCAGGGAGAAACUGGGAGAGCAAAAUCGUGCACUGCAGCAAGCUAAGGAGAAUGCAAUGAUGGCAAGCCAGGCAAGGAACUCAUUUCAGAAGGUGAUGAGUCAUGGGCUGAGGAGGCCAAUGCACUCAAUUUUGGGCCUGCUUUCUAUGUUUCAAGAUGAGACUAUGAGUUUCAAACAGAAAAUUGUAAUUGAUACAAUUAUGAAAACCAGCAAUGUACUAUCAACUUUAAUCAAUGAUGUGAUGGAAAUUUCAGCAAAAGAUAAUGGAAGGUUCCCACUGGAGAUGAGGCCUUUUCGGCUACAUUCUAUGAUUAAGGAAGCCUCUUGCCUUGCCAAGUGCUUGUGUGUAUAUAAAGGCUUUGGUUUUGCAGUUGAUAUUCGGAACCCUUUGCCUGAUCAGUUGAUUGGUGAUGAGAAAAGGACUUUCCAAGUAGUUUUGCAUAUGGUUGGGUAUCUGUUGAAUAUCUUUGAUGGAAGUGGUUCUUUUAUUUUCCGGGUUUCCUCAGAGAGCGAAAGUGAUGGAAAGAAUGAUAAAACAUGGGGAAUUUGGAGGCCAGAUGAGUAUGCAUGUAUAAAAUUUGAAAUUGAAAUUAGUGAUGGAGGUUCUCUGUCAUAUGGCUCGAGCACAGCUAUAGAAUUUGCUGGUAGGAAGCACAGUAGUGGUGAAAAUAAGGAGGGUCUGAGCUUCAGCAUGUGCAAAAAGCUUGUGCAGAUGAUGCAAGGCAAUAUCUGGAUAUCCUCCAACCCUCAAGGUCUUGCACAAAGCAUGACACUUGUUCUCAAGUUUCAACUCCAGCCAUCUUUUGGGAGAUCCAUUUUUGGACUUGGAAAUUCCUCAGAACAACCAAAUUCCAAUUCUAUGUUCAGAGGACUUCGAGUUAUACUGGCUGAUGAUGAUAAUGUAAACAGGACUGUGACCAAGAAGCUGCUUGAGAGGCUGGGUUGCCAAGUAUCUGCUGUGUCAUCUGGGUUUGAAUGCUUGAGUGCUCUUAGCCCUUCUGAAGCUCCUUUCCAAAUCAUUCUUUUGGAUCUUCAGAUGCCUGAAAUGGAUGGAUUUGAAGUAGCAAAAAGAAUCCGAAAGUUCCGCAGCCGCAGUUGGCCUUUGAUCAUAGCCCUGACAGCAAGCGCUGAUGAGCAUUUGUGGGAGAGAUGCAUCCAGGUGGGAAUGAAUGGCAUUAUUAGAAAGCCUGUUCUUUUACAAGGAAUGGCAGAUGAACUUAGAAGAGUCUUGAAGCGAGCCAACGAUGGGGUGUGAAGAAAUAAACUUGACAGCUUGUCCCCCCCAGAUCCUUUGACAUAUUUUUGUUGGGUCUUUGAUUUUCUGGCCUUCAAGAUUCUGCCAUUGAUUUGUUGAACUCCAUUCAAACUUGGUAUACGAAAUGUAACUGUUAUAUUUGCUAACCAUUUUCUAUGACCAAGCUUUAUUUCAAGAACACUAUUAUAGAAUGGAUUAUACAAGCUUAUUGAACAUUAUUUAAUGGUGGAAAGAACCCAGAUCUCUUCAACUCUCCA